UCUCAUUUUUUCCCAAACAAAAUUUCGACAUCAUCCUCCAUUCCACCUACUACUCCCCGCCAUGGACAACGACAACCGCCGCGCUUCCCGCCGCACGGAAGUCCUCUCGAAGCACCUCCUCCCGCACCCUCUCACAACGACCGCCCUCCUCUCGACCUCCAACUGCCUCAGCUACUCUCCACCAGAGCUCUCCUCCUCCAACCCGGUCUCCUUCGACACUUCCCGGAUGCGCGCUCUCCUCGACGGCCACAACCUCGACGACCGUGACUGGCUCUUCGGCCUCAUCGUUCAGAGCCCUCUCUUCAAUCGCCAAGAGCGCGGCGGCCGCGUCUUCGUCUCCGUCGACUAUAACCACACCAUGGAGCAGCAGCGCGAGGAGACCAUGCGCCGGAUCGGUUACCUUCUCGAUCGCGGCGUCUUUAGAGGUUGGCUCACCGGCGAUGGCCCUCAAGAAGAGCUCAGGAAGCUGGCCCUUCAUGAGGUCGUCUCCAUGUACGAUCACUCCCUCGCCGUCAAGAUCGGUGUCCAUAUCUUCUUGUGGGGUGGGGCUGUAAAAUUUCUUGGAACAAAGCGGCAUCAUGACAAGUGGUUGAGAGCUACUGAAAACUAUGAGCUGAAGGGUUGUUUCGCUAUGACUGAGUUGGGACAUGGAAGUAAUGUACGGGGAGUCGAAACAGUAACUACUUAUGAUUCGAGAACUGGAGAAUUUGUCAUCAAUACUCCAUGUGAAUCGGCGCAGAAGUACUGGAUUGGUGGUGCAGCAAAUCAUGCAACACACACUAUAGUGUUUUCACAGCUCUACAUAAAUGGAGGCAAUCAAGGCGUGCAUGCAUUUAUUUGCCCAAUUAGGAAUUCAAGUGGAAAUGUAUGCCCAAACGUCCGCAUAGCUGAGUGUGGUCACAAAAUUGGUUUAAAUGGAGUUGAUAAUGGCCGUAUCUGGUUUGACAAUGUAAGAAUACCAAGAGAGAAUUUGCUGAAUUCCGUGGCUGAUGUUUCACCAAGAGGUGAAUAUUUGAGUUCCAUAAAAAAUGUAGAUCAGAGAUUUGCAGCAUUUUUAGCCCCUUUGACCUCUGGUCGUGUAACUAUUGCCUCUAGUGCUGUUUACAUCUCCAAGAUUGGCUUAUCCAUUGCUAUAAGAUAUGCAUUGACAAGACGAGCCUUUUCUAUGACACCAAACGGACCUGAAAUUCUGUUGCUUGAUUACCCAAGUCAUCAGCGGCGUCUACUACCCUUACUUGCAAAGAUAUAUGCAAUGAGUUUUGCUGCAAUUGAGCUCAAAAUGAUGUAUGUGAAUAGAACACCCGAGUCAAACAAAGCAAUCCAUAUUGUUUCAAGUGCUUAUAAGGCUACCUUUACGUGGAAUAAUAUGCGCACACUUCAGGAAUGUCGUGAAGCCUGUGGAGGACAGGGCGUUAAAAGUGAAAAUCGUAUCGGUCCGUUCAAGGGCGAAUUUGAUGUGCAUUCAACAUUUGAAGGGGACAAUAAUGUUCUGAUGCAGCAGAUUAGCAAGGCGCUCCUUGGAGAAUUCAUUGUGUGUCAGACUAAGAAGAAGCCAUUUAGAGGUUUGGGGUUAGAACACAUGAACAACCCUGCACCUGUCAUCCCAUCUCAGUUAACGAGUUCUAUUCUCAUGAGCAGGGAAUUUCAGCUUGAUCUCUUCCACCUAAGAGAGCGAGAUCUAUUGAGACGCUUUGCUGCGGAGGUUUCACAAUAUCAAACUCAGGGGGAAAGCAAAGAGUCUGCCUUUAAUCUAAGCUAUCAAGUCGCAGAGGACUUAGGCAGAGCUUUCUCUGAACGCGCAAUACUGAAAACCUUCAUCGAGGUCGAGUCAAAGGUGCCGGCUGGUUCAUUGAAGGAUGUCUUGGGACUGUUGAGGUCGUUAUAUGCCUUGAUUUCUGUGGAUGAAGAUGCUGCUUUUCUUCGCUAUGGAUACUUGUCAACUGAGAAUGCUGCUGCAGUGCGGAAAGAAGUGCCGAAACUGUGUACUGAACUUCGACCGCACGCAUUCGCCUUGGUCAGUUCCUUCGGUAUUCCCGAUGCCUUCUUGAGUCCUAUUGCGUUUGACUGGGUUGGUUCGAAUGCAUGGUCCUCUGCUCAACACUAGUUGCGGAUGCAAAUUUCUUCAUAUGGUUCGUGGCAAAAGGGUAAGUUAUACAGUUAUACUGCACACUUUGAUACUGGAUAUUAUCAAAUUAACUUUUCUUGUCUCCUAAGAAAAUGUGAGUAAUAUUCUUACUUACUGUUACUAAAAGACCUGCAAUAUUUGAAUUGCUGCCAAAUAAUUUGUACAUGGUUCCCAAGUGGGAUCCAUUAAUAAAGUAAACACUGUUAUAUUUAGAAAAAUGAUAAUUUCACACCCAUUUUUUUCAAUGCCCCUUCACAUAUGAA